AUGGGGCGGCAGGGUAGCCUAGUGGUUGGAGUCUCUGCAGACACCAAACUCCCCCUGAGAGAACUGGACCUCAGCUACAAUGACCUGGGAGACAGAGGAGUGGAGCUGCUCUGUGUUGGACUAACCAGUCCACUCUACAACAUACAGACACUAGUUCUAGGUCAGUGUGGUCUGACAGAGGGUUGCUGUUCAGAUCUGGCCUCAGUCCUGAGUUCACCCAACUCACAACUGAAACAACUGGAGCUGAGAGACAAUGACCUGCAGGACUCAGGAGUUACACUGCUGUCUGCUGGACUGGAGGAUCCAGACUGUAAACUACACACACUGAGUCUAGGUCAGUGUGGUCUGACAGAGGGUUGCUGUUCACAUCUGGCCUCAGUCCUGAGUUCACCCAACUCACAACUGAAACAACUGGAGCUGAGAGACAAUGACCUGCAGGACCCAGGAGUUACACUGCUGUCUGCUGGACUGGAGGAUCCAGACUGUAAACUACACACACUGGGGCUGUCUGGCUGUCUGGUCACAGAGGAGGGCUGUGCUGCUCUGUCUUCAGCUCUGAGGUCAAACCCCUCCCACUUGAAAGAGCUGGACCUGAUCUACAAUCACCCAGGAGACUCUGCAGGGGGACUGCUUUCAGCUGCUCUGGUGGAUCGCACAUAUAAACUGAUGAAGCUGAAUGUGAAUCAUGGUGGAGAGUGCAGGCUGAAAUCAGGGCUGAGGAAAUAUGCAUGUCAUCUCACCCUCGACCCAAAUACAGCAAACCCACACGUGGUACUGUCUGAGGGGAACAGGAAGGUGACACGGGUGGAAGAGAGGCAGCAUUAUGAAGACCAUCCAGACAAAUUUGAUUGUCUUCCCCAAGUUCUCUGCAGAGAAGGCUUAUCUGGAUCUCGUUAUUACUGGGAGGUGGAGAGGGAUGGUAGCAUGGCUGUCGUUGGUGUGGUGUACAAAGGAAUGAAGAGGAAGGGAAGGGGGGUUGACAGUGACAUUGGAGCCAAUAGGGAGUCCUGGUGUUUACUCUGCUCUCAUAGUGGUUAUUGCUUUUACCAUCCUGGAGUCUGUAGCAGAGUCGUCCCUGGUCCUGUUUCUAACAGAGUUGGAGUGUAUCUGGACUGGCCAGCUGGUACAUUGUCCUUCUAUAGUGUGUCCUCCUCUGGUACACUGACACACCUUUACACAGAACACACCACAUUCACUGAACCCCUCUAUCCUGGGUUUGGGGUUUCCUCCUCCUCUUCCUCAGUGACCCUGUGUCAGAUAGAUGACCAACACAUUCAGAGAAAUGGACCUACAGACCAUGGUGGAGAGUGUUGGAUCAAGCCUGGACCUGAGAAACGGAUUCCUCAGAGCUGUAAGACUUGUGACCAUGUUGAGGACUCCACACACUGGCUUCAGAUUGAGCCCUUGACUUCCACUGUCCAGGGAGUGACAAUGUUCAGACACAGGACACCCAAAGGGAGUUAUGAGUGCACAGUGUCUGGGCUCCGCUGGCUGUGUGAGAGAGAUGUCAUUCUGAAGUCCUGGCUAAAUUCCCAAUCUGGCCUUCAAACCAUCAUAGCUACCUAAUCAUCCCCAGCUUCCAAUUGGCUCAUUUAUCCCCUCUCCUCUCCCCUGCAACUCUUCCCCAGGCUGUUCAGGAACGGGAGAAAGAUCAGGUGUCCCAAGGAUAUUCAGAAUUUCUCCUGUCAAGUCCAAACAGGCCCUUAAAGCUGAACAGUUGGUUUGCGCUCAAGAAUCCCCACUCCACUUCCAUCUAUCCAGAGAAGAUUCAGCUGUUACCUGCAGACACCACACCAAGCUGUUGUAAGAUGAUAAUGGGAAACACAGGGGUUGACAUUGAGAUGGAGUUAAUCGGGGAAGAUGAGAGGACAGUAUGGAAAUCAGUGGUAUCAAAAGAUGAAUACAGCAAAGACUCUCAUCCAAUAUCAUUAACACUCCCUGGGAUUCCUGCUGAGGAGUUUCUGAAGAAACACAGGGCUGAACUCAUUCAGGGAGUCAAAAACCCAAUGCCAAUAGCAGAUGAUCUGUCGUCAAAGAGCAUGAUUGGUGAUGAAGAGUACUCCAGAAUAAAAGCUGAAACAACUGAACAGGACCGAAUGAGAGAACUACUGAAUGCAGUCCUCCCUAAAGGACCAGAAGUGACGGGAGCUUGUCUCAAAGCUCUCAUUGAACAUGAACGCCAUCUUGUUAAGCACUUGAGUGAAUCUAGCACCUAAUCUGAAGAUGCUGAGGCCUGUCUCCUAGUCUGUGGACAAAGACACUUCUUCAACUAAUCUGAAGAUGCUGAGGCCUGUCUCCUAGUCUGUGGACAAAGACACUUAAAUGAUUGUAAGGGAAAUGUUAAUGUUUGCUAUUCUUUUAACACAUUUCUGUGUUUUAUUAAUUUGCUGUUCUAUAAACCAAUGUGUGUGUUCAUCAAGUGUCUGACUGUACAAUCCUCACUAUCAGUAGCUGUAAUUUGGCAUUAAGCCCAGAUGUUGUUUUGAGAAGGAGAUAUCUCAGUUUCAAGGUCUCAUCUUAGAGAGAAGAAGACUGGUGAGGUGUUGGUCUGUUAAAUGUUAUGAACCAGUAUUGGUCUGUUAAAUGUUAUGAACCAGUAUUGGUCUGUUAAAUGUUAUGAACCAGUAUUGGUCUGUUAAAUGUUAUGAACCAGUAUUGGUCUGUUAAAUGUUAUGAACCAGUAUUGGUCUGUUAAAUGUUAUGAACCAGUAUUGGUCGGUCACAUGAAUGAAACAAAAUGGUAAUGAUUCAUGAAUUAUGCUAAACUAUGCAAAUAUAACUUGUCUGUGUAUAGCCGUAUAUAAGACAACUGCUGGGUCUGACCAGGGAGAGCUCUUGAUUGACAUGUGUUCUAUGGUACAUUGAGUUGGGUCUGACCAGGGAGAGCUCUUGAUUGACAUGUGUUCUAUGGUACACUGAGUUGGGUCUGACCAGGGAGAGCUCCUGAUUGACGUGUUCUAUGGUACAUUGAGUUGGGUCUGACCAGGGAGAGAUCCUGGUUGACAUGUGUUCUAUGGUACAUUGAGUUGGGUCUGACCAGGGACAGAUCCUGAUUGACAUGUGUUCUAUGGUACAUUGAGUUGGGUCUGACCAGGGAGAGAUCCUGAUUGACAUGUGUUCUAUGGUACAUUGAGUUGGGUCUGACCAGGGAGAGAUCCUGAUUGACAUGUGUUCUAUGGUACAUUGAGUUGAGUCUGCCCAGGGAGAGAUCCUGAUUGGUUGGAACCUCUCCAGCUCGCUGACAAUAAACAAUGAUUCAUUUCA